CUCCAAACAAAAAUCAACAUCGCCCUUUGGUCUCCUUCCAACCCAACCCAACCCACUCUUGUCCUCCUCCGUCAAAGCUAGGUCUACUUCAGCUCUUCGACGACUUCGGCCCAUUUCUCUCCUCCUUCUCUCUACUCCUCCAGAUUACAUUCAUCCACACUCAUCAACAUGCGUGAGAUUGUUCACCUCCAGACCGGUCAGUGCGGUAACCAAAUCGGUGCUGCUUUCUGGCAAACCAUCUCUGGCGAGCACGGCCUCGACAGCAAUGGUGUCUACAACGGUACCUCCGAGCUCCAGCUCGAGCGCAUGAGUGUCUACUUCAACGAGGCCUCUGGCAACAAGUAUGUUCCCCGAGCCGUCCUCGUCGAUCUUGAGCCUGGUACCAUGGACGCCGUCCGUGCUGGUCCCUUCGGUCAGCUCUUCCGUCCCGACAACUUCGUUUUCGGUCAGUCCGGUGCUGGAAACAAUUGGGCCAAGGGUCACUACACUGAGGGUGCCGAACUUGUCGACCAGGUCCUCGACGUCGUCCGCCGUGAGGCCGAGGGCUGCGAUUGCCUCCAGGGUUUCCAGAUCACCCACUCUCUCGGUGGUGGUACCGGUGCCGGUAUGGGUACUCUGCUCAUUUCAAAGAUCCGCGAGGAAUUUCCCGACCGAAUGAUGGCCACCUUCUCCGUCGUUCCCUCCCCCAAGGUCUCUGACACCGUCGUUGAGCCCUACAAUGCUACCCUCUCCGUCCACCAGCUGGUCGAGAACUCCGAUGAGACCUUCUGUAUCGAUAACGAGGCCCUCUACGAUAUCUGCAUGCGCACCCUGAAGCUGUCCAACCCCUCCUACGGUGACCUCAACUACCUCGUUUCUGCUGUCAUGUCCGGUGUCACCACCUGUCUCCGUUUCCCCGGUCAGCUGAACUCCGACCUCCGAAAGCUCGCCGUCAACAUGGUGCCUUUCCCUCGUCUACACUUCUUCAUGGUUGGCUUUGCUCCUCUGACCAGCCGUGGUGCUCACUCUUUCCGCGCAGUCAGCGUUCCUGAGUUGACCCAACAGAUGUUCGACCCUAAGAACAUGAUGGCCGCUUCGGACUUCCGCAACGGUCGCUACCUGACCUGCUCGGCCAUUUUCCGUGGCCGUGUCGCUAUGAAGGAGGUCGAGGACCAGAUGCGCAACGUCCAGAACAAGAACUCUUCUUACUUCGUUGAAUGGAUUCCCAACAACAUCCAAACAGCCCUUUGUGCCAUCCCUCCCCGAGGACUUACGAUGUCCUCGACCUUCAUCGGAAACUCCACCUCUAUCCAGGAGCUCUUCAAGCGUGUUGGUGAGCAGUUCACUGCCAUGUUCCGACGCAAGGCUUUCUUGCAUUGGUAUACUGGUGAGGGUAUGGACGAGAUGGAGUUCACUGAGGCCGAGUCUAACAUGAAUGAUCUUGUCUCCGAAUACCAGCAGUACCAGGAUGCUGGUAUUGAUGAGGAGGAAGAGGAGUACGAGGAGGAGCUCCCUGAGGGCGAGGAGUAAACAUGCUCCACAAUGUGCUGAAAUAACUGGCCGCUAUGUUAUGUUUGUCGUAUAGCCGGCCUGCAACUUCUUUUCGAGUGUAGUUGUUGUAAUUCUGGGGUUAAGAUAUCCUCAAUAGUGGCAGUACACUAUAGUUGUAUGAGCCGAAUAAAAUUCCAAGAGUACUAUUGUACCAA